AUGUCCACUGCGACUGUGCCCUUAGAAAGCGAAAGCAGUACUAAAGCUGCUUCCAUGGGAGAAACAAAUGUACCUGCUGCUACUGUUGAAAACCAAAUCAAUGCGACUUCACCACUUCCCUUGUCGGCUUUGCUUAGUGCGCAUCCUUCGAAUGAUUCAAUACCCUUGUCCUCGGUACAAUUUUUACCCCAAACACCGUUGAAAAACACCAAUGUUGCUGAUUCGAGUACAGUACCUGAUCCUAUGGUGCCCGAGAACCCUGUUGUGAAAGAAGUGAUACGGGAAGAUGUGGUUCCCGUUACCAUGCCACCUCCUACGGAAGACAGGGCACCUGAAAUGAAUACUAGCAUCGCAGAGGAAAGUACAACUACUAAUGUAAAGGAGACUUUAUCGUCAUCUGAGUUGCCUCAAGCACCGACAGAGAAGCCAAGUGAAGUGCAGAAUGAUACGCCUCCAUCCGCACCAGUACGGACGAGUAGGUCGGGCCGUGUUAUCCGACCUCCUCCGUCAGAGACCAGUAAUAAUGACGAGAAACUCUCCAGUUUGAACGAUAAAAUAAGUGGUCUGAAAGAAGAGCUGCAAUUUACGAAAGAGAUGUAUCGAGAGGCAUCCUUGGCAGCAUCCAAGGCAGGACAAGAACUAGAAGUGGUUCUGAAAGAGAACGAUAGGCUGAAGCAACAAAUGAGGACAGUGGCUCAAACGCAAAGUGAAUUUAAGUCCAUGGAAUUGGAGUCAUGGAAGCGAGAAGCAUCGAUUCUCAGUGCACAACUACAUUUACUCCAGCAACAGCAGGCCAUGACGAGCGACGAACUUCGGCAUAAGGCUAGCUUAUGGGAUCGUCGCCAGGAAGAAGAAAAGAUCAAUGCAGAACGUGAGAAGCGAUCAGCCUCUUUGGGCAAGCGGUAUAGUGACGCAUUCGAGCCAAAGAUGUCUGUGAACGAGGAACUCCUAUCCGAAUUAGCAGAGCUUCAGGAAGAGGCGCUCAGUGCUAAUAACAUGCACGAAACCCCUUCUAUGCCCCAGUCGACCUCCGAAAUGUACGAGAGUUUCCCGCAAGCGAUUUGCUCCAAGGGAUGCUUCCAAACCCCUUGUACAAGAUGA